AUGGAUCCUACUGAUCACUGGUUCGAGCAAAAGCUUGACCAUUUUAACAGAAAUCGUUCAUCAUCAUCAUGGCAGCAGGUGGCAUCUCAGGAUUAUAACCCUGACAAACCAAAUCAUGCUAUCACCCAGUUAUCAGAAACCACAAACAGAUCACAAGGCCUGGAAGUUGAAUAUUUGAAAAUUCAGAUAAGAAAGAAAAACUGUAGGUGGAGUUUGGGGGUAGGAGCAAUGUUCUUGAUAAAUAUUCAUAUGAAAUUUCCUUUGAAUAAAAGAGAUCUGAGUACUGCCAGUCUCCGCUUCCUCAGCAGCAAACAAGCCGUGGCUGACAUUGUCCACUUCCGAACUGAAAUAGCAAAGAAAUUGGGGCUCACCAAAAAUAAGUGGGUUGCAUUUGGCAGGUAUUAUGGUGGCUCUCUUGCAGUGUGGUCGAGAUUAACACAACCCUCCCUGUUUGCUGCAGCAGUGGGCAGCACUGCGAUCAUCAAGGCAAAAGUUAAUUUUAAUGAAUACUUUGAAGUGGUUUACAAAAAUCUGGUCACUCACAACAUGGAGUGUGCAAGAGCAGUUUCAGAGGCUUUACAAUUCAUUGUGACAUUGUUGCAACAUCCAGAAUUCUUUAGUACUCUUCAAAAUCAAUUCAAGUUAUGCAAUCCUCUUGCAAGUAAUUCAAAUAUGGAAAAAGUCUAUUUCAUGCAGAAUUUGAUGCGUUUUGUGAGCCGUAUUGGGAGUAGGACCUCUACUAGGAGAAAAGAGAAUGAGGUCAGCAUUGACGAAUUUUGUGACACGAUGAGAAAUACCACACUGGGUUUACCAUAUUCUAGAUUCACAAGAAUUGAAAAUUUAAUACUCAAGAAAAAAAAUAUGACUUGCUUUGAAACAAAUUAUAAUACUUUCCUGAAAGCCUUGAAUUAUUCUUCCAUAAGCAACAUCAGUAAUCGAGGAGGCAGGCAAUGGUUUUAUCAGCGUUGCACUGAAUUCGGCUUAUUUAUUACCACGGAUUCAAAGGAGCAUCCCUUCUCUGGAUUGACUCUCAGAGAUUUAAUUCAGCAAUGUUCAGAUGUCUUUGGCCCUAAAUUCAAUUAUAAUUUAGUGUUGUGGGGUGUGGAGGUCACCAACACGUUAUUUACAGGCUACAAUAUAAAUGGAAAUAAAGUCAUCUUUCCCAAUAGUCUCCUUGAUCCUUGGCACACUUUGGGAAUCACAAAGGAUAUCAGUCAAGAUUUGCCUGCUGUGGUCAUCAAAGGUGAAUCAUUUUGUAAAGAUAUGUUAGAACCAAAGGAUACUGAUUCAGCUGAACUAAUUCAAGCACGAGAAAAAAUAUUUCAGAUCCUACAAACAUGGCUAAUGGAAUAG